AUAACACUAUAAGAACAGAUCAACUUCCUAUAUUUCACAUCUUCACCUUAUAUUCUCCAACUAAUUAAUACACCAUUACACUCAACUACUUCCACACCACUUUCUCGAUCUCUCCCCCCCAACCCUUAACCAAAGUAUGCAAGAAAUGCAAAAGAUGGUGUUGUCAUUGGAUCUCCAUGACGAUAAACAAUGCAAGAAAAGAGUCAUGAAGAUCGCCACUUCUGUUUCUGGAAUUAAUUCAAUCUCAUUGGACCUGAAAGAGAGGAAGUUAACCAUAAUAGGAAACAUGGAUCCGAUGGAAGUGGUGGCCAAGUUGAGGAAGACAUAUCGUACGGACGUAGUUACAAUUGGACCCGCAAAAGAGCCUGAAAAACCAAAGGAAGAGAAACCAAAGGAAAAGGAACCUCAAGUCACUCCUAAUGUCAACGGCUAUAUGUCAUACAAUCCAUAUUCAUAUCCUAUUACUAAGUAUUACUAUUGUUACGAGGAAUACUAGUUAUAUUAUAAACUAAUGGACUAUUUUAGUAUUUUCUACGUAUAGAGUAAUAUUUUGUUGAGUUUGUUAUUGCAUUUUAAAACAAUUGCAAAUUACUACCUAAGUUUUUAGCGACUUUGUAAAUUACUACCUAAUUUGUUAAAAGUUGGCAA